GUUCUUACAGUAAAACGCAAAGUGAAUAAAGUUACUGUACAGGGACUCGGUUAAGUUUGAGUUGGGUAAUUACAAGUUUAAACAGCACUAACCGGGAGAAAAAGAGAGAGAAAUGCGAAGAAAACAAAAAAGAUUGUUGCAGAUCGUUCUGAUAAUCGUUGUGGCCUUUCUGUUUUUACCCAAUGUUGGUUUAUGGUCUAUCUAUCUGGACCGAAUGUUUGACAACUCGGCGGAGGGACCUGGAUUCUCAUACAUACAGAGAAUGAACAGACAGAACCUGCAGAAUGCUGGUGUUCGGAAAAUAGACUGGCAUGAUUAUGGCACUAUUAGGAGCGAUGCAGCGCGCUUGGGUGUUGGGGAGCAAGGCAUGCCCUAUCCUUUGACUGAUUCAGAUCGUGUGGAUCAAGCCUACAGGGAGAAUGGAUUCAACAUAUUUGUUAGUAAUAAAAUCGCCCUUAACAGAUCCCUCCCUGAUAUUAGGCACCCAAACUGUAAGAUGAAGCUGUAUAGAGAAAAGCUUCCCAACACAAGCAUCAUAAUCCCCUUCCACAACGAAGGCUGGUCGUCACUACUGCGCACAGUUCACAGCAUUCUCAUCCGCUCACCGCCGCAACUCCUUGCAGAGAUCAUUCUCGUGGACGACUUCAGUGACAAAGAGCAUCUGAAGGCCCCAUUGGAGGAGUACAUGGUACAGAUACCAAAGGUGCGAAUUCUUCGUACUAAGAAGCGCGAGGGUCUGAUCAGAACCAGAUUGCUGGGAGCUGCAGCAGCUAAGGGUGAGGUCAUCACGUUUCUAGACUCGCACUGUGAGGCCAACGUCAACUGGCUGCCCCCUUUAAUGGAUCGCAUUGCCCAAAACCGCAAAACAAUAGUGUGUCCUAUGAUCGAUGUUAUUGACCAUGACAACUUUGGCUACGAGACCCAAGCCGGUGAUGCUAUGCGUGGAGCUUUUGAUUGGGAGAUGUACUACAAACGCAUCCCUAUUCCACCACAACUACAGAAAUCAGACCCCAGUGAGCCUUUUGAGUCUCCUGUAAUGGCAGGUGGUCUCUUUGCUGUAGACAGAAGGUGGUUCUGGGAACUGGGGGGAUAUGACACAGGACUGGAGAUUUGGGGAGGAGAGCAGUAUGAGAUCUCAUUUAAGGUAUGGAUGUGUGGUGGUCGUAUGGAGGACAUUCCAUGCUCAAGAGUGGGUCAUAUAUACAGGAAAUAUGUUCCCUAUAAAGUUCCAGGGGGAAUGAGCCUUGCAAGGAAUUUAAAGCGUGUGGCAGAGGUGUGGAUGGAUGAGUAUGCAGAGUACAUCUAUCAGCGAAGGCCAGAGUAUCGGCAUCUCUCAGCUGGUGAUGUGGCCAUACAGAGGGAUCUAAGGAACAAACUGAACUGCAGAAACUUUAAAUGGUUCAUGACGGAGGUGGCCUGGGACUUGCCCAAACACUAUCCACCUGUGGAACCUCCAGCGGCAGCAUGGGGAGAGUUGCGAAAUGUUGGCAGUGGUCUUUGCUUGGAAAGCAAACACUUCUCUUCUGGCUCCCCAAUUCAUUUGGAGAAAUGUCUGAAAGGACAUGCUGAGCUAACCUGGAGCCACGGUCAGGUGUUUACACUUGGUUGGAGAGAAGAUUUACGGCUAGGAGACCCUUUGCACACUAAGAAGGUUUGCUUUGAUGCUGUGUCCCAUAACAGCCCUGUUACACUCUAUGACUGCCAUGGCAUGAGGGGCAACCAGUUGUGGUCAUACAGGAAGGAUAAGAGCAUCUACCACCCAAUCAGUAACAGUUGUAUAGACUCCAACGCUGCAGAAAAGAGGGUUUUUAUGAACUCAUGUGACCCCACAAUGCCCAGUCAGCAGUGGCUUUUUGAAAACACCAACUCCACUAUUCUGGACUCUUUCAAUCAUCACCAUAAUGCAUAACAUUUGGAAUAUGAGAUUCUUCUGGUGAGAAGCAGCAGGGUUUUGUAAUUGUGGGUUGUUGUACUGAGGAUGUGAAGAGAAAUAUUUGUGCCUUUACUGAAUCGACACGUGUGUCCAAAAGAAAGAGAGAAACCAUGGUAUCGUCUUUCAGACCCUUCGCCUGCCGGCGCUGUCUCCAUUGUGUAAAACCAAUGUUCAUUUGAGUUUUUCUUCUUUCAUGAUCCAGACUUUUUUUCAUCAAUGUUUUUUAAAAAACUGACAUUCGUUUCGUAGAUUUACUUGUUGUCGGUUCCGCAGGAAAGUUUGAUUGUUGCUGAUUGUCCGCCAUUCUCCCUACAUUGACACAGUGGACGUGAGCGCGCUGAUGACGUAUGAUGUCUGCGUGAACAGGGUGCGCAGUGGUAUGCUUAGCUGAUGGUACUGUUUAGUGUGUUGACAAAAUGUUUAUAUGCUCUCCUACUUGUAAGUCGCUUUGGAUGAAAGCGUCUGCCAAAUGAAUAAGUGUAAAUGUACUUUGUAUGCAAAAUAAGUUGGCUGAAAGUGUACACAUGACCAGUCACAGCGUUCGGCCAGAACGUUUUGAUUGGGCAAAUGUCUUUUGGUCCUACGCUUUUCACAGACGAUAUGUAAUUAUAAAAAUAUUAUUUGACCACUAUACUUCUCGAUUGCUAUCAGGAUGUAAAGAGAUUUCCAGCCAACAUGACAAAAAAUGUUUAUGGACAGGAUCACCCAACCUGCCUUUAAAUAUUAAACCUCUUACUGCAAUUAAUUCAACUCCAGCUGCUCAUAAUAAGGUCAUUUAAAUGUAUCUAGUUAAUAAAUUUCUGCUACUACUUCCUAAACUUGCAAACACAAAUUUAUUUUCCGAUAUGCAAGAACGUUGCAAGUGUAAGUAGAGAGAUAAAGCCUGCUGACUGCUGUAAUAUACUUAGUUGAACUGUUGUCUUCCUUCACAUAAUUAAUUUAAAAUGUGCUUCUCUGCACAAGUGACAUGUUUCUCUUAUGCAGCACAGCACUUAAAUACCACAUUUACUUAAAAUGUAACAGUUUUGCUUCCUCACAAACACUGUUAUUUAUUUUUGAAAAUACAAUUCCUCAAUCUCUGAGAUUCCUAUAAUUAAAGGUCCAGUGUUUGAAAUUUAGCAGCAUCUAGUUGCAACCAAUGGCUCACUCCACCCCUUCCUUUCGAAGCACUACGGAGGCUGACACAAGGCUCAGAUGUUGUCAUGUUUUCGCUUCUUUGCCGUAGGAGACAACGUUUUUACGAAACGUUCUUUGUAGAGCAGUUUUCUAUUUAAGGUUAUAGAAACAACAUGGUGAAUUCCAUGCAAGGGGGCCUGCAGUGUAUGUAGAUAGAAAUAGCUCAUUCUAAGGAAAUAAAAACAUAACGCUUCAUUAUGUAAGGUCUUUAUACAGUACACCUCUGAAGACGUAGCUAUGUAUAUUACAUUACAUAUCUGUCAAUAGAGUCUCCGAAAAAUUACACACAUCACACAGGUCUGUAUUAGUGAAGCUAAGCUGGUUUUGUUACUGAACCCAGAGUUUAUAUUAGACAUCACGUCGAACCGACACCAUAGUUACAAAAAUGUCUUUAAAAUACAAUCAUGAACUGCAUGAACCCAACAAUAUACAAAGUGACAAUAUUCAAAACCAAAAUGAGGACACCCUUCAAAAGUUGUAUUAGCUUUGUAAUUCUAAUUAUGCAUAAUUAUAUGGUUAGUGCUAUUUUGUUAUUUGCACCUGCAUCCUUUCUGUCUUUUAGAUGGGGUUUUUCAACACUGUGUAGCCACCUUUAAGAAGACGUGGUGCUGCAAUGAGGAGUGAAUUCAGUGUUUAAUCCUCACAUAUAUUUUUAAACAUGAAAUGAAUUAAUGUGCCUUGCUAAAGGGUCAUAGUGUAAGGCCCAGCACAGCAUUCGUCUCUAGUUUUGUAAAUCUUUCCAGAAAUUGUGACUGUGUUUAAGAAGUGUAUUUGUUUUUGUCUUGUUAAUGUCAAUGAAUAUUUUUACAGUGUAAAGCACUUUUAGAUGUCUUAUUGACCUAUCUUUUUAAGUAGUAGCAAUCUUGUCAGCCAGUUUGUUUCUCUAGAUUUCAAAGAGAGGCCAUGGAUUUAAUACAACUAAUUGUAUGCUAAUUGUUUUUGGGUGGACGUGAAUGUAAGUAAUUAAAGGGAUUGUUCUUCCAAAAAUGAAAAUUCUGUCAUGGAUUACACACCUUCAAGUUGUUCCAAACCUGCAUACAUUUUUUGUUCUAUUGAACACAAAGAAAUAUAUUUAGAAGAAUGUUAGCAACUGACAGUUCUUGGACAUCAUUGACUACCAUAGAAGAAUACAUUAAAAUGGUAGUCAAAGGUGUCCCAGAACUGUUUGCUUUCCUACAUUCAAAAUAUAUUAUUAUAUAUCUUAUCUUUAACAAAACAAAACAUUUAUCCAAUAAUUUACCGUAGUCAAUGGUCCCACAGAACUGUCAGGUGCAAGUAUUCUUCCAGAUAUCUUUAUUUGUGUUCAACAGAACAAAGAAAUGUAUACAGGUUUGGAACAACCUGAGGGUGAGUAAAUGAUGGCAAAAUUUUGAUUUUUUUAUGACAGAAUUUUGAGUCAAUUCGUGUAUUUUGUUUGGGAAGUAAAGAUAAAACGUUGGGUAAUGUAAAAUAUAGGGAAAAUAUUAUAGGGAGAUAUUGUGUAGGGAAUCUAAUACUGAUAACUAACACAAAGUUGUGGAAGUAAUUCUUCUUGGCUUGGGCAAUGCUUUUAUUAGAAUCAUAGUAUUUUUAUAAAGUAAUUUUUAUAUGCACACUUUACUUGCAAUUUGGUCAUUGUCUUUACUGAUGUUUUUCUGUUUCUGACAGCAAUGAAUUUGAAAAAAAAAAGUGUUUGUUCUGUUAUUAUGUUUCGUUCUAGUUGUAUUAAUCAUGUUAUUUCAUCUUUACUCUUAUGUUUUUUUUACAGAAUAAUUAGUCGAUCUUCUUGUAACAUUAAAAAAAAUGUUGGUCUGUUUCUUAACAACUUAUCUUCCUACGAAAU